AUGCGCUCCCCUACGUCUCCCUGUGCUCCGAGCACGGUGAUCGACUGCAACAAAGCCAUCGCGAGCUGCAGGAGGUCAGGCGGCUGGAAGCAGGGCAUCGUUCUGUUGGCUGAGAUGGAGAGAAGGCACCUGAAACCGGACAUGAUUACAUAUAACACUGAACUCAGCCUCUAUGGAGGAGCUUCCUCCGACUGGUCACAGAUGGCUCUGUUGUUGUCUGAGAUGCAGUCAAAGCUGCUUCGGGCUGAUAUCAUAUCACUAGGGGCGAGCCUUCGUGCUUUCGAAUUGUGCUGGAGCCGGGCGGUUCAGCAGCUCAGUCGCAGUCAAGUCCACGCACUCCUGCCCAAUCUCAUAACUUACAACACAACUUCUACUGCUUGCGCAAAAGCAUCCGACUGGCAGCGUGCUUCGCAGCUGCUCAGCGGCUUGAGAUGCUUGCAUGCAGUACCAGACAUCAUCACCUGGAACUCCUUGUGCGAUGCAUGCGACAAGGGGGCACUUUGGUUGCAAGCUUGGACUUUUCUCCUUGAGGCACGUCACUCGACGGCGAGCCCAGACGUAGUCACCUAUAGCUCUGCCGUCAGUGCCACGGGGAGAGGCCACGCGUGGAUGCAUGCAACUCAGCUUUCUGCAGGUAUGGCACGGGAUCAGCUGGAGCCCAAUCUGAUCACCUACAACGCGUCCAGCAGCGCUUGCGAGAGGGCCGGCCAAUGGGAGACGACCUUGCAGAUUAUCUCUGUGGCCGACUCGGGUCAUCCACCGGCGGACAUCAUCUCCUACAACUCGGCUGUCAGCGCCUGCGCUCCUGAAGGAAAGUGGCAGCUUGCGCAAUUCUUGCUUGGCAGAGGCCUUCAGCGACGCCUCUUGCCCACAGCAGUGACCUAUGGUGCGGCCAUCAUGGCGUGUGAAUCGGUGGCAAGGUGGGAAGAUGCCAUUGUCCUGUGGAGUGAGAUGAUCCAGGGCAAUGUAGCAGCCAAUGAGAUCGCCCUCAACGCCACGCUCAGUACGUGCGAGAAUGCCGCAAAAUGGCAGGCUGCGUUGUCUUUGAUGGAGGAUGCUGAGCAGCUUCUCAUACAGCUGGACCUGAUUUCCUACAAUGCCGCCAUCAGCGCCUGUGGUGCGGCGGCCGAGUGGAAGUUGGCCCUGUCUUUGCUUCGCAAAGCACUUGAUGUGGGUCUUUCUGCGGACUGCAUCACCUACACCGCAGCAGUGGGAGCCUGCGAACGGGCCACGAAGCGCCAGAACGAGCGAAAAGAGGGUCUUCGGGUGAGAACAAAGCCUCCAUUCCUGUCGAUGGAAAUGCUGGGCCCAAACGGCCACCUCCCCAAACCCUAA